UCCUAAAAAUUCAUAUUAAUAAUAUUUUGUUUGUUGUAUUUGUUAAUUCUUUUAAAGGUGUAACUGAAAUGCAGAUGGCGUCGGUGGUUCAGCACGGUCGACGAAGAGGUUCCAGUAGGAGAGUGGUUUCAGCGGAUGAUGCCAACAAAAUAAUCCCGCCUGUAGACCUCAGUGAAGUCGCCGUUUUAUCCAAGGCUGAUUGGCUGAGGAUUCAGGAUGAACUGAACAGGGUUAACAAAGAGAAGGAGCGUUUGAGAGAGGAGGCAAAAGAAAGAGAAAAACUCCAUGUGAAAUCAAAGGAAGUGGUUAAGAUGUGGUCCAACACCAUCGCUGGUCAAAGGCAGAAAAAGCUGGAGGCGAAGAAGAUCCGGGAUCAGAUUGAGGAGGAGAAAAGGAAACAGAUUGAUAAAGAAGAAGCUGAAUAUAGAGCACAGAAGAGGAAAGAGGCUGUCGAAAAAGCCAAGAUGGAGCUUUAUUAUCAAACAGACCGAGUUAAAGGAUUACACCGUGCACUGCUGUUGACAGAGGUGCUGAAAGAGAGGGAGGCUCAGAUUGAACUAAAGCAGAAAAUCCAGAGCGCAUCCAAAGAUGUGGAUAGAAAAUACACAGAUAUGGUGAAGACUAGAGAGGAGGAGGCCUCGAGAAAAGACCAGGAGAGAGGACUGGAGAAAAAGCGGGAGAGGCGGGCUGUCGCAGAGGAACUGAAAAACCAGAUCAAAGAAAACAAACAAAUGAGAGAGCGAGAGAAAGUUGAAGUCAUGAAGGAAGGAGAGGAAAUCCAACAGCUUCAGGAGCUCUAUCAGCAGGAGCAAAGGAUGGAGGAGGAAAGACAAAAACAGCAGAAGAAAGACCUCAUGCUAGCUAAUCUGGAAUAUCUCUCUACUAGGGAUCUUAUUAAAGCAGCUGAUGCACAAAAACAAGCAGCUGAAGAGAAGCAAAGGAAGCUUUUUCUCUCUGCAAAACAAAAAAUGAUGAAGCUGCGGAAAGACAAAGAAAAGGAAUUAUUUGAUGAGGCUCAGGCACACAGGGAGAAGAUCAUGGACAAACUGACGGUCAGACAGCAGGAGCAAACAGUCAGUGAGGAGCAGAGGAUCGCAAAGGCUGUCGCAGAACAGGAGGCGAAGCGAGCACAACAGCAGCGGGAGGAGUAUGAAACAAAGGCGACGAUGCUGAGGUCAAUGGCCGAACACAGAGAACUGAUGAUCCAAGAAAAGAAGCAGAAGGAGCAAAAAGAAGAGCAGAUCAGAAGAGAAACACUUGAAGCCAAGAAAGAAGCAGACAGAAUAUUCUCCGAGAAACAGCGUCUGAAGGCUCAGAAAAUCAAAGAAGACCGGAGAAAACUACAGGAUUUCUAUGCAACACAAGUGGCUGAAAAAACAGCAAAACAACAGCAGUUAAGAAAGGACGACUACGGUUACGAAGUGAAGAACACAGAACUCCUGAUUGAAGAUGAGAGCAGGUUUCAGCAGUACUCACAGCAGGUCAUAGAGGCAGCAGCAGAGGCUCAGAGGAAUGUGUUUCCACUCUGCAAAGCUGCACGAGAGGGGAUCGGAGGAGGGCUCGGCCCCGUGUUUAACGGAGUCAGGCCGAGCUACCUUGUUCAGGACUGCACUGGUGCUCAGAUGCCUAAAUAUGUCUCUGGUGUUACACAGAACAUUAAAAAGCUCAGUGAGACGGUAGAUAUUCAAGAUGCUAAGAGAAGACUCGGGUUUACCUGGUAAAAGGUCUCUGAGGUUUUAAUUGUGGUUUUUAUGACCAUAUCCCAGAAAUUUCCAGACAUAAGGGGGUCUUUAGCUUUUCUUAGACACGAGAAGGGGGGAAGGUUGAUAUAUAGUAAUAUUUAAUACAAUAUGUCCCUAACUGAUCACUCAGUAAAAUGGUCUUUGUAUGUUUGAAACUCAGUGUAUAAUCAACUCAUCUGGGCUAAAACUUCAACUUUAGCUCACACCAAACCUAAUGAUUUAUCACCCCUUCAUUAAAGGAAUGUACCUGGAUGCAUGUUAUUGAUGUUACCAACAUUGAUUACAUCAUUUUUGGGUUAUCAGAUUAUGUAAAGGUCCAGUAUUUAUUCUUUUUUUUUUUAUGUUGUAACAUAAAAUAAUUGUGUCUGUGUACUAUACUACAAGCAAGCAGACAAUCAUCACUCUCGUCAACUGACUGAUCGUCAACUGGAGUCACCCAUGUCCCCAGAACACGAUUAAAGGUCACAUAUUUUACCCUUUUAAAUUAAGUUUAAAUUGGUUUCAGUGGUCCGCAAAACAUGACUGUGAAGGUUGUUGCUAAAAAAACACUCCAGUAUUUAAUUUUUGCAUGUCUAAAAAAAACCCCUCUGUUUCAUAAUCUGACAUGCCAGAUGGAUUUGUUUCACACAUCCUUCUGAUAAACCUUCUAUAGACAGCAUUUGGAAAAGGGCCGAGCCAUUGAAAAAACAAACUCUGAGGGUGACUGGAUGAACGUUCUGUCUCAUUUUUAUAGGCCAAUCAGAGCAACAAAACAUGGCAUCGUAGUUCCUAACUGAGAUGCGUCGCCACAACAAACUCCAUAGAUAGCUUCAUAAUGCGAACCAUGGCGACUGUAACAUGUCAGUACACAACU